UCGUUCCCUCUCAAAAAGUCAGAAUCGUCUUCUCCACUCUUCCACUCAGAAACACAACAGCGCAAGAGAAGAAAGAAGUUCCCAUUUUCGUUUCUUCGUAGCUAAGGAUUAAGCAAUCGAUGGAACUGGACCCCGAUGAUGUGUUUCGCGACGAAGAAGACGACCCCGACGGUGAAUUCUAUCAGGAGAGAGAUGCUACGAAGGAACUGUUGGUAUACAUCGUGGAUGCUUCCCCUAAAAUGUUCUCAACUACUUCUCCCGCGGAAGAUGAAAAAGAAGCAAGCCAUUUUGAAAUUGCUGUUAAUUGUAUUGCGCAGUCCCUCAGAACUCAAAUAAUCAACAGGUCGUAUGACGAAGUUGCAAUAUGCUUCUAUAACACUAGGGAAAAGAAGAACUUGCAGGACUUGAAUUGUGUCUAUGUAUACAAUGUCCCGGAACGGGAUGAUUUGGACAGACCAACGGCAAGACUUAUAAAAGAAUUUGAUCACAUAGAAGAAAGAUUUAGUAAAGAAAUUGGGAGUAAAUAUGGCAUUGAACCUGGAUCUCGUGACAAUUCACUUUACAGUGCUCUUUGGGUUGCCCAGGCUCUUCUCCGCAAAGGAUCUGCAAAAACUGCUGACAAAAGAAUUCUCUUAUUUACAAAUGAAGAUGACCCUUUUGGCUGUGUCAAAGGAGUGAUAAAAGCUGAUAUGAUGAGAACAACCUUUCAACGAGCCAAAGAUGCUCAAGAUCUUGGCAUAUCAAUUGAACUUCUUCCCUUAAGUAGGCCCGAUGAAGAUUUCAAUGUUUCCAUUUUCUAUGCUGAGAUGCUUGGUUUAGAGGAUGAUGAACUUGAUCAGUUUAAGGCAUUGACAGGAGAAAGAUUUGAAGAUCUGAAGGACCAAUUAAGAAAGCGUUUAUUCAAGAAGCGCAAAGUUCGAAGAAUUCAGUUUAUAAUUACAAAUGGUUUAUCUAUAGAACUGAAUACAUAUGCUUUAAUCCGUCCAACCAAUCCAGGGACUAUUACUUGGCUUGAUUCUGUCUCUAACCUUCCUAUAAAGGCUGAAAAAGCCUUAUUCUGCGGGGAUACUGGUACAGUGAUACAAGAGCCACCUAAGCGCGUUCAACCGUACAAAAAUGAAAAUAUCAUGUUCUCAGUUGAUGAAAUUUCAGAAAUAAAGAGAGUUUCUACUGGACAUCUUCGUCUCCUUGGAUUCAAACCAUUGAGUUGUCUAAAGGAUUAUCACAACUUGAGGCCAUCAACAUUUGUCUUCCCUAGUGAUGAGGAGAUGAUUGGAAGUGCUCGCAUUUUCAUUGCUUUGCAUAGAUCAAUGACAAGGCUCAAGCGUUUUGCAGUUGCUUUUUAUGGGAAUUCGACUCAGUCUCGAUUGGUUGCCCUUGUUGCCCAAGAUGAGAUAACAACUUCCCGUGGUCAGGUUGAGCCACCAGGCAUGCAUCUGAUAUAUCUUCCUUAUUCUGAUGAUAUCAGACAUAUUGAAGAGUUCCAUGCAGAUUCAAAUGACUUGCCUCAUGCAACUGAUGACCAAAUUAAAGCAGCGUCUGCUGUAGUGAGGCGUAUUGACUUAAAAGAUUUUUCUGUUUGCCAAUUUUCAAAUCCUGCAUUGCAGAGACACUAUGCAGUGUUGCAGGCCCUAGCACUGGAUGAAGAUGAGAUGCCUGAAAUGAAAGAUGAAACUGUUCCAGAUGAAGAAGGCAUGGCUAGGCCUGGUAUUGUUAAAGCACUAGAGGAGUUUAAGCUUUCUGUAUAUGGAGAAAACUACAAUGAGGAGAGCGACCUGGCUUCCAAAGGAAAGGCUAAUGAGGCCUCUAAAAAACGUAAAGCAAUUGCUGAAAAUGCUGCAAAGGAGUACACAAACUAUAACUGGUCUGACCUUGCAGACAAUGGACAGUUAAAAGAGUUGGCUGUUACAGAGCUGAAGUACUACCUGGCAGCACACAAUCUCCCAGUAAGUGGGAAAAAGGAAUUGUUGAUAAGUAGGAUAUUAAGUCACAUGGGUAAGUAAAUGAGUGGAAUGCAUUUGGUAAGUAGGAUAUAUUAUGGGAUGUCUUUUUGUAAUGUCUCCAAGCUAAUGAUCCCUGAAAAGUAAAAAACUGUGUUCUCUAACUGGCAGUUAAUGUAAUGAUAAACUGGUAAAUGGUAAUAGUAAUACUCCCUAGUAUUUUUAUAUUAUUAAUUUAUUA